GCAUAAUAUAAAGGAUUCAGUAUAUUUCAUGCAAUCUGUCAAUAGGCGCCAGCAGUCGGCUAACCACUAGUGGACUGUGGUAAUUGGCAAAUGCCUAUUGCCUAGUUUCACUUUUAUAGUAUUCUGUUAUUUAGCUUAUCCAUCAUGGACAAUUAUUUAACUAUUUCUUGUUAGCUUGGAAAUGUGUAGCGUACAGAAAAAAAAAACGUAAUUAUUCAAUAGUAUAUUAGUUAUUGGUAAUAAGCAAUCGCGAAUUCGUUUCGUUUGGCUCACGCCUACUCGAAUUUUACUGCUUUUGACUAAUCUAAGUAUUAUGUUAUCUCUGUACUAGUUGCGUUAUACAAGUGUAAAUUAAAUUCUUUAACUUAUUCUGCAGUAUGCUGUAUUUUUAAUUUCUGUUUGUAUAUCUUGUUCAAUAUUUUGUAGUAUCUAAUUUUUUUUUCUUAACCAUGAGUAUGAAACAUCUAACUAACAAAACCCCUAAAAUUCUACAAGAGCUUAUGACCCAACAGGAUAAUUCGAAAUGUUUUGAAUGCGGUUCUCAUAAUCCACAAUGGGCUUCUGUCUCAUAUGGAAUUUGGAUUUGUUUAAUGUGUUCAGGAAAACACAGAGGUCUUGGUGUUCACCUAUCAUUUGUCCGAUCCAUCACCAUGGAUUCUUGGAAAGAUUUAGAGUUGGAAAAAAUGAGAGUUGGAGGAAAUAGAAAUGCCAUAGAAUUUUUCAAAUCUCAACCAGACUGGAGUGAUUCAAUGACUAUUGAACAAAAAUAUAAUACUAAAGCUGCAGCAUUAUAUCGAGAUAAGAUUUUAAAUUUAGCUAAAGGAGAACAAUGGAGCCCUACUACAUCAUCAGCUAAAGAUUAUAAUGUAGAUCAUAUGAAAAUGAAAGGUAACCAAUCUCAAAAGUAUAAUUUUAAUGAAUCAUCAACCAAUUAUAAUGAAUUGAAUUCUGGCUAUCAAAAUGAUGUUAACAUUCCAAAUAUCAAAGAUGAGAAAGAAGCAUUUUUUGCUAGAAAACAAUAUGAAAACAUGUCAAAACCUAGUAAUGUGCCUCCAAACCAAGGUGGGCGUUAUUCUGGAUUUGGCAAUACAGUUGAACCACCACCUAGAAGUCAAUCUCAAGAUCUUCUUGAUUCUGCAGUGUCAUCGUUUUCUAGUGGAUGGUCUUUAUUUUCUUCGUCUGCAUCAAAACUAGCUUCACAAGCUACACAAAGUGCCAUUAAAAUUGGUGGAUUAGCUACUCAAAAGGUAUCAGAUAUAACUACUGACAUAAGCUCAAAGAUAAAAGAAGGUACAUUAAUUGAUGACGUAUCCACUCAAUUUUCUUCUAUGACUACAAAGGUGAACGAUUUAGGUCGUAAAGAAUGGCAAAAUAUCACUGGCAGUAAUAUUCCUACACCGCCAAAAUCACAAUCAACUAAUUUUGUAGCACAUUCCACUGAGAACUCUUCCUUAAUUUCUGAAGGUUCAUCUGGAAAUCAAAAAAAUGUGCAGCGUAAAAACAGCUGGACAUCAUGGGAUGUUAAUAAUACUCAUGCAGCGUCCUCAGAUCAAACAACUGAAAAAUAUCAACCAAUUCAAGAUGAAUGGAAUAACAAAUGGGAUAACAAUUGGUAGAUCUGUAUCAAAAUUUGUAUUAAGUUUCUAUUUUAAAAAAAAUUAAAGAUAUAAAUAUUUAUAAAUGUUAUUUUUCAUUUUGAAUAUACAAUUAAAUUGUUUUAAUUUUAAAAAAAUUAUUUAGAAAAUUAUAUUAUAUUAUAUACUUUA